AUGCCGGUGUCCAAUAAAGAUAUUGCUGCUUUGAUUGUUCAGUUUUUAUCGUCUUCCAAUAGCUCUGUUAGUGAAGAAUACUCUGAUUCUCUCAAUGUUGCUAUUGAUUGUAUUACGGAGGCUUUUGAGAUCGAACGUGAAGAUGCUGACAACAUAGUUGCGAAGGCUUUUAAUAAUGAAGAUUUAAUUACCAUAAUCAAGAAAAAUUCCAACAGUACUACAAAAAGUCCUUUAAAUGUCGAGGAAACCACUGAGGAGUCAAAGAAAGCCGAGGAAUUGAAAUUAGAAGGUAACAAGGCUAUGGCAGUAAAGGACUUUGCUACUGCUAUUGCGAAGUAUUCAGAAGCUAUUGAAAUUUUACCAACAAAUGCUGUGUACUAUUCUAACAGAGCUGCUGCUUAUUCUUCGAUGAAGAAGUAUGAAGAAGCUAUAAAGGAUGCGGAAUCUGCCAUUAAAGCUGAUCCAUCUUAUUCGAAGGGCUAUUCUAGAUUAGGAUUCUCGAACUACGCAUUAGGUAGGUAUGAAGAAGCUUUAGAGGCUUACUCUAAGGUAUUAAAGAUUGAAGGUGAUAAUUCUACUGAAGCUAUGAAGCGUGAUUACGAAACAGCCAAGAAAAAGGUUGGUGAAUCAAUUAAUUUGGAAAAGCACAAACCUUCUGUAGAAGAGAAUUCCAAGUCUCAAGAUAAUACUGCGGCUGGUGGUUUCCCAGAUUUGUCUAGUAUGCUAGGUGGUGGAGGUCUAGGCGGCUUAGGAAACCUCUUAAAUAAUCCACAAGUAAUGCAGGCUGCCCAGAAGAUGAUGCAAGAUCCUUCCGCUAUGCAACAGAUGAUGAAUAAUCCAGCUAUCAGACAAAUGGCUGAAAAAUUCUCAUCUUCUGGUGGUGCACCUAACCUUGGGGACAUGAUGAAUGAUCCGUCGGUUAGAGACAUGGCCAGCAAGUUUUUUGGUCAAAACAAGUAG